AUGGAGCAUCAUCCUUAUGAGCAGCACGAGCAGGAUGACAGCAAGAAAGUGGAGGCAGAACUUGAUGGAGCUGACGGAUCAUUCAAAAACGAGCGCCACAAACGGUCCAAGGCAGAUACGGAGCAUUCUGGUGAGGAGGAUGACGGCAUGAAAGUGGAGGCAGAAUUCAUUGGAGCUGACGGGCCACUCAAAAUCAAGCACCAGAUUCAGUCCAAGGUCUGGGAUGAGUUUGAGCCCAUCUUUCUGGACGACAAGGUCCAGUUUGCAGAGUGCCUGAGCUGCCACUUUCUCUUCAGCUGGAACGGAGAUAGCUGUCUGCGCCGGCACCUGGAAUCCUGCCCGGCCAAACCGGAAGCGGCGGAGAGGCCACAGGAGGACUCCUGCUUCACUGAUGGUAGCAGCUCCAGUGGCGCAACCCGUCGGCCUGUUCAAGGGGUGGCAGAUCAUCAAUCCAUAUCACCAUCAGAUGUCUCAAACCUGAAGAAGAAACAGAAGACCUCAUCUAUGAAUACUGGGGACGAUAUGAGUGCCAGCAAGUUUGGUCAGGAGUCACCUUAUCAAGAUGUGGCCAGAAUGAUCAUACUCCAUGGUUAUCCGCUGUCGAUUGUGGAGCAUCAAGAAAUGAAAAGGAUUUUCAAGAGCAUCAACCCUGUGGCUAACACAAUCUCCCAUAGUGAUAUGGAGGAACAUUUGUUUGAUCUAUUUCAGAAGGAAAAGAUGAAUGCCAAGCGUAAAAUUGCGCUUACCUCCCGGCGCGUCUCUCUGUCAGCAAGCAUCUGGACUGAUGAUGGACCUGAGCCGACGGUAAAGUACCUCUGUCUGACAGCACAUUUCAUCGGCGAAGACUGGAAAAUCCGCAGAAUGAUAAUAAAGUUCGGCAUGUAUUGGUGCUCACCUACUAAUUUGGAAAGGACCAUACACUGCAAGGAGGCCUAUGUUCCACAGUCUGAAAGUGGAUCUUACAAUGUCAUAUGGGAUGCAAUCAGAGAUUGGAAUCUUGAUCAGAAGAUGCUGAGCUUGACUUCAGUUGGUGAAAUCAAGAAUGAUGCGAAUACCGCGAGGCUCAAGGCGAUGCUCACGGAGAAGGGGUGCCUUCCCAUCAGAGGCAAGCUAUGCAACAUUGCUUGUUUGGACGACAUGAUAAACAGUGUUGUUGAUGAAGGGCAAUCAGACAUACUUCUCCUUAUUGGUGAUGCAGUAAUGGACUUUUUUGUGGCACAUGCAUCUUCACCAUUGGCCCAGCAACAGCUUCUGGAGGCCAUUUCACAGAUGAGCUUGAAGUGUCCACGGGAAGAUGCCAAGUGGUGGCACAAGUUUUAUUUUAGGCUUGAACUUCUGCUGCAAUUCAAGAAGUUAUUUCCUGCUGAAGAAGUGCUGUCUCCAGAAGAUAUGGGAGUUACUGAGUCCAUUUGCAAGAUUUUGAGAACGUUUUAUCAUGCCAUCGAAGUAAUUUCUGGCCCGAGCUCUCCGACGGCAAACAUAUACUUUAGCGAGGUAUGGAAAGUGAGGACUGUUCUGCAGGAAGAAGCAUCAAAUGAGAAUGUCGAAAUUGCUACAUUGGUCAUGGUGAUGCAGCACGCAUUCGACGAGUACUGGCAGAACUCAUACGUGUGGUUGUCAAUACCUGUUGUUCUAGACCCUAGAUUCAAGAUGAGCUUCAUCGAAUUCCGUCUGCGACAGGCUUAUGGUGCAGGCUCAGCGAGCUACUUAUCCGAAAUACGCGGUGCGGUGCAGGAACUGUUUGGUGAGUACUACAAGCCUAUGAAUCAGCCGAGUGGUGCCGUUGUUUCGAGCAGUGCAGAUGAUAAAGAUUCAUUGGAAGAUUGGGAUGAGCAUGUCAGUAGUCAGAUGUCUUCAGAGCUUGAUGACUACCUUGGGGAGGGCCUAGUCCCAAGAGAGGAUGAUUUUGACAUUCUGAAAUGGUGGAUGGAACAUGCCACCAAGUACCCCACGCUUGCGGCUAUUGCGUGGGACGUCCUGGCCAUGCCGGCGUCUGCAGUUCACUCUGAAGCUGCAUUUAGCAGCAGCGGGCCGGUGAUCCCGAAGCACCAUAGUGCGCUGAGCAUCAGGACGAUUGAGGCGCUCGUCUGUUCUCGAGAUUGGAUGAGAUGA